UCACGCUUCGGUACAAUAACAAAGUCCCGUUAACCGUGGUUACAAUCGGUCUGUGCGUUAUUUUGUUUGUACAAUACGUGUAAAGAGACCUGCUUUGGUUUUUGGAGUGGCGGCACAUCUGUGCACGUCCUGGAUCAAACGUUGUGUAUUUUGUUCAUUUUCACGGUUUUCCUCGACUGGAUCAGCAUAACGCAGCGACAAUUGUGGAGUGGGCGCACUGGAUAACCUUGCGCUAUCAAUAGCGUGCUGGCUAGCAAGCGAAGAGGAGCGCUUAGCCAGCUAAUAAAACAUUUCUUCAGAGUUAACUGCGGAUCACAAUAACACGUUCAGUGUACAUACAACGGAUUCUUUUUACACUCAUUCAAAUAUGCUGCUGUCGAAGUUUGGCUCAUUCUCCCACAUUUGCAGCCCGACUAGUAUGGAUCAUUUACCGGUGAAAAUACAGCUUCAACCAGUUAAAAUAGAAAAGGACCCAUUUGAGAAAGUGUACCAAGUCGGGUCUGUCCUGGGUAGCGGGGGAUUCGGAACAGUCUACGCUGGUAGUCGGAUCUCCGAUGGUUUACCGGUUGCUGUUAAGCAUGUGGCAAAGGAAAGGGUGACCGAAUGGGGCUCAAUUAAUGGUGUGAUGGUACCUCUGGAAAUUCUACUUCUAAAGAAAGUCGGUUCAUCUUUUCGAGGGGUUAUAAAACUCUUGGAUUGGUAUGAAAGACCGGAUGGCUGGCUGAUUAUCAUGGAGCGACCCGAACCUGUGAAAGAUCUGUUUGACUUUAUUACUGAAAAAGGCGCAUUGGAUGAGGCGACGGCCAGAGGAUUUUUCAGACAGGUCCUUGAAGCAGUUCGACACUGCUACAGUUGUGGAGUGGUGCACAGAGACAUUAAAGACGAAAAUCUCCUCGUAGAUCUUCGCACUGGGGACUUGAAGCUCAUUGACUUUGGUUCGGGGGCGAUUCUCAAGGACACGGUCUACACCGACUUUGACGGUACAAGAGUCUACAGUCCCCCAGAGUGGAUCCGCUUCCAUAGAUACCAUGGGCGCUCAGCAACAGUAUGGUCACUUGGCGUGCUUUUGUAUGACAUGGUCUGUGGAGACAUCCCCUUUGAGCAAGAUGAAGAAAUCCUUCGGGGUCGAUUGUACUUCAGGAGGAGAGUGUCUGCUGAUUGUCAGCAGCUGAUCAAGUGGUGCCUCUCUAUCAGACCCUCCGACAGACCCACCCUGGAACAGAUCUUUGAGCAUCCAUGGAUGCGACCAGCAGAGGUCUCCAAGGCAGAGGAGAAUGAUAUUAGGCUGCGGACCAUUGACACAGACACAUCGAGCACCAACUCUAGCAAAGAGAGUCUCUGAGAUGGAAGGCCAGAGCUGGAAUGUCUUGAACUUUGGAGUCUGCAGUCAGUCACUGACAAGGCUACCAUUUCCUUUUGUAGGGAAUCAUAAUUUAUUACAGCUUGCUCUUCCUUACCUUUUUUCUCUUUUAUAAUUCAUGUUUCCUAAUUGGGAACAGUUGCUGUUUGGGCGGACUUGCCAGCACUAUUUAUUUUUUAUUUUUUUAUGUUCAAAGAUGUUACAAGGCUGGUUUAUGCAUUGGUCAAGCCUCCUAUUCAGAUGUGGAUGCUCUCAUAGAGCUUGGAGUACUUUUUAUUUAAAUGUUUUAAUUUGAUUUGGAGUGCCUUUUUGAAAGCUGCUGUUGUGGGGCUUUCAUCAUUGCUUUUGUCUUUAUUUUAUUUCCCUUCCAGGCUUGUAUGUAAGUUGUCCAGCGGUGUGGGCAAAAUGGGGUCCAUUAUACCGCAGAACAAAUUACCUCCCAGCCUUGGGUCUUGUGAUGGGGAGGAGUGAACAUAGAAUACUUGAAACACACUCACUGCAUCCCCUUUUUAUGCUGCUCACUCACACUUUAGCCUCUACAGGUGUUUGGAAGACAGUUCCUUUCUUUUCUGAAUGUGUAUUACAUUUCAAUAUAAUCCCACACUCAUUAAUGGGUGUAAGGGUCCCCCCUCCCUUUAUCCCCAUCUCACUGCUGAUAAUACAUUGCUCAAGCCUGGACCGCCUAGGCUAGGGUAAAAAUUGCACAAUCAAUGCAAUAUUCAUGGAUUUUUCUUUCCCUUUUUGUAUUUUUCAAAGCAAAUCUUGUACAGUGUGUUUUUGUGUAUAUUUUCCCUUGCAUUUAAUUUAUUUGUACCAUGUAGACAUUCCACACUCUGUGGCUAUUUAUUUUUUAUUUAUUGUCUUUGCUUAGAUCCCAGCAUUCACAUAUCUUUACAUGGCCUUUUGUUUGCAUUCCUGUAGUACUAUUUUUUUACAUUUUGACAAGAAAUAAAGUGGAGGAUGCACUGAAGAUGCUGUCAAUGUUAAAAGGAAUAAAGCAAGGUUUACUUAAAA